AUGUCGAGCCGUGCGCUGUUAUCGCUGGUUGCAGUCGCGACGGGUGCAACUGCGACCCUUUAUCCAACUUACAAAUCGCAUACAUUUACGAAAGCGCCGUCCGAAGCGUCGAAGGCUUUAUACUCCCAAGUCCCGCUCGACAAGACUCGCAACCAGAUCCGUCUUCUCUCGCUUCACCCAGGACGACGAUCGUCCAGCAUCCAAUGCACGCUCCGUGUUUCGUCGCUGGAUGAUAAUCCACGCUUCACGGCGCUGUCGUACACAUGGGGUGAGCCAAUCCGGCGAAGCACGUCCUUGUGGUCAUUUCGCGGUAUAUUUCAGUAUCUUCGCGGGCUGUGGUGGACGCUCUUUCGGAGAGACACCCUCGUCAACGUGAAUGGCUUGCCCUUUCAUGCUAAGUACAACCUAGGCAGUGCUCUGCAAAGCCUGAGGCACGAAGAGGAGGAAAAGGUGCUAUGGGUCGAUGCCCUGUGUAUCAACCAGCUGGAUCCCAUCGAGAAAGCCGACCAAGUGGCGAGGAUGAAGGACAUUUAUUCGCAGGCGCAUACGACGUGCGUUUGGCUUGGGCCCUCAGAGGACGACAGCAACGCCGCCAUGGAUUUCGUGCGCCAUUCGCACAAGCUGGACGUCGACGAUCCCAAACUACAAUUAAGCGACAUCAACCCGCCGUGGCGCGCGAUGCAGGCGCUGUUCGCGCGCUCGUGGUGGGGGCGCAUGUGGAUCGUCCAGGAACUGUUCAUGUCUAAGAACGUCGUGGUGCGGUGCGGCGAGAAGGAGGUAGAGAUGGACCGGUUCCGGGAGCUGAUGCAGAAGGAGCAGCGGCUGCGUGUCAGGGCGCGCUCUGGCCAGCUGCGGGGGUAUGACUUCCCGCGGUGGUACUUUGUCCCCCCCGCCAAUCCGUUUUACACGCUGUUGGGGGCUUGGGCCCUUGAUCAGGAAUCUAGGCGGGAUCCGUCGACUGUGCAGUCCGCCCUCUCUUACGUUCCCUUCGUCGGCACGGUCGUAACGGGUCUCCAGGCAAUGGACGAUGCUAAAAAGGCUAGCGUCGGCCAUAUGGGAAUCGGGAACUGGCUAUAUAUGACACAGGCGUUCGAAUCUAGUCUCCCUCGCGAUAAAGUCUAUGCACUGUUGGGUCUUAUAGGCGACGAAGACAAAGAUGCUAUCGUACCGGACUACACGACCGAGAAGGAGGACGUAGAGAUCUUCAAGGAGGUUGCUGCCCAAGUUAUGCGGCGGGAUACGGGGUUGAGCGUGCUCAACUACGCGCAGAGCAAUACUAGGACGCUUUGCGGCUUGCCUUCCUGGGUGAUUGAUCUUUCUGAGCCGAGGAUGAUGGGACCGAAUAUGACUCAGUAUGGCUUCAGCGCCGAUGGAGGGUUUGCUACGUGGGCGCGCCUGACCCCGGACAAGACGCAUAAAGUAUCACAACAGCCGAAUAAUGCCCUCGAUAUUGUGUCUUGGUUAGGAAAACAAACACUCUACUUCCUCCCUGUUCAGCUGUUCCUCUUCAAACAGGGUCGGCCUCUCAUCUACAGCUUCACGUCGCUCUGGCACAUGGCGUGGUAUGGCAACCUUGGCCUACUUAGCUACUUUAAAUUUGGCAACCGAUUAGAGAAGCAUGGUCCUGUCCCAUCAUUCUCGUCUGACCUCAAUACCAUACAUCUCGAUGGACUGAUAUUUGACGAAAUAGUCCUGUCAGACCCGGCGCCGGAUUUGGGCUUGUUCUCCAAAGAGGACCCGGUAUGGAUGGAAAGGAACCUCUCCGAAACACAGGGCUUUUUGAACGGGAUAAGGCUCAAGCACCUCUUCCAGCGAUGGGAGGGAAUUACGUCGUCUUUUUCCCGGGUUCAACCACAAGCGUCCGAUAAUUACCCACUCGUUGCCUUUCGUCAACCCGAAGACGCAUUCUGGCGGACUUUGAUCAUGGACCGUUUCAACUCUGGAAGCACCUUGGGAAAGCCUCCUGCCUCAAUGGGCGAGGCGUAUCGCUUCAUCGUGCACCCCAACGCCACCGCUGCGGAACUUCAGGUCAAUAGUCGACUAGCCAAAGCGCGCCUCAUGGAGAAGUACUUCAUGCAUGCGAGGUUUAUAUCCACCGCUGUAUCGACUAUAGCAGAUCGUGCGUUCGUCAUGACGAAGCAUGGUAUGAUGACUUUGGCUCCUGCACAAGUGAAGCCGGGGGAUGUGAUAUGUAUCAUUCGAGGUGGUCAGACACCUUUCGUGCUGAGGCCGAAGGGCGUGAGUGGUGAUGGGGAAAGGGUUUGGGAACUCGUAGGAGACUGCUACGUCCAUGGGAUUAUGGACGGUAGCUUCGCCUCACAGGCGAAACCGGAAGACGUUCGAAUGUUCAGUAUCAUUUAG